AUUAUAAUUGUACAAAUCAAGUGUUCAGUUCAGAUCUAUCCUCCUCCUCCUCUCUAGUCCUGCACUGUCGGUGCUCUGCACAAAGAUGUGGCUUUCUCUUGGGAUCGUCUUUUCUCUGGGGAUGCUAAUUCCUGGAAAACUCAGCUUGAAAUUGCAGUAUGACAGGGAUCAGGUUUUGCAUAUUGUGCCAGAAACAUUUCAGCAAGUCCAUCAUCUUCAGCUUCUUCACAGUACUUUACUGCUGGAUUUGUGGAAGCCCUUGAUGCCUGAAGACAUCAUGGCUGGAGAAGACCUGCACAUAAGGGUCCCAGCCCCUCUGGUGCAGGAGGUGAAAGACAGCUUAGAUCAGCAUAUGAUCUCUUACAGGGUCCUAAUACCUGAUGUACAGGAACUUGCAGAUCUGAGCAUGCCAAGGGAGAGGAGCAGCCAUAAACAGGUCCGAGAAGGUUACGUCUACACCCAGUAUCAUCCAAUGGAAGAGAUUUAUGAAUGGAUGACUCAGAUCCAGGAGAACUACAGUGAGCUGGUCACUCAGAACUUCCUGGGGAUGACAUUUGAGAAUCGACCAAUGUAUUAUCUACAGAUCAGUCAACCAUCAAAUAAACCCAAAAAGAUAAUUUGGAUGGACUGUGGGAUUCAUGCCAGAGAAUGGAUCUCUCCAGCCUUCUGUCAGUGGUUUGUGAAAGAAAUUCUUCAAAAUUACAAAUCUGACCCAAAGAUUAGAAGAUUUCUGCAGCAUUUGGAUCUCUAUGUCUUGCCAGUCCUCAAUAUUGAUGGCUACAUCUAUUCCUGGAAAACAGAUCGUUUGUGGAGGAAAAACCGUUCUCCAUAUAUGAAUGGCACCUGCUAUGGGACAGAUCUGAACCGAAACUUCAAUUCAUCCUGGGGCAGUAUUGGUGUUUCUUUUGACUGCAGCAGUAAUGUCUUCUGUGGCUCUGAACCAGAAUCAGAACCUGAGACAAGAGCUGUGGCUGAGUUUAUCAGAAGGAAGAAGAGUGACAUUGUGUGCUUUUUAACGAUCCACUCCUAUGGACAGCUCAUCCUCAGUCCAUAUGGUUCCACAACUAAACCUCCAAGUAACAAUGAAGAACUGAUGCAAGUUGGAAAGAAAGCAGCUGCUGCACUGACAGGAAAGUAUGGCACCAGCUAUAAAGUAGGACCACCCUCUUUAAUUUUAUACAAUAACUCAGGCUCCUCACGGGACUGGGCCCACAUGAUUGGCAUUCCUCUCUCCUACACAUUUGAACUGCGAGACAACGGUACUUAUGGAUUUCUUCUCCCCGCUGACCAGAUCCAGCCCACAUGUGAGGAGACUAUGUUGGCUGUGACAACUAUCAUGGACUAUGUAUAUCAGGAGUACUUGCCAGGUGGGGCUGUGGUUCUGACCUGCAGCAGCCUGGCCCUGAGCCUUUGCCUGAGUACUGUACUUACAUGGACUGUUUCUUAAAAGUGGCUUAGAGAGCCCAGCAAGAGACUCACAUAUACCCCAAAGUACAAUGUCCCUUUGAAAAUACAAAAUUACAUGAGUGGAGGAACUAAAUGUCAAGUAUUUCAAUAAAGGCUCAUCCCAUAUAAUAAAAGCAUCCACUUGUGGUUUUGAUAGCUAUAUUUUAAGGAAGGAGGAAAGGAUGAAGAGCUGUGGCGAUUUCCAAAUCUUCACUUGCUGGCUCUGCUUAUUCUUUAAGGGACUUUAAAUCAGACAUUCAUGGUAAGUACCCAUGGGGACAGAGCAUUUUACUCCCUGGUUCUGAGGGAUGUUUUCAGGGGCUUACCUGGACCUAUGUAGCCCUUCUGUCAGCCAUAGUCCUGCUCUGUCCCAAUUUUCCCACUGCCUGAACCCACUAUCUUCUGGGUCUUGCUGACCUUAGCAGGAUGCCUGUGAGAAUUUAAUAGAAGCUGCCCAAAUCCUUCAAAAAUUCAAAAGGGAAAGGGAAAAGAAAGAUAAGAAUAG